UUGCACAUGGCAGCAUGGGCAGGACAUGCAGACGUUGUGCGGAAAUUAUUAGAAGUUGGAGCUGAUCCUAACGCACACGCCAUGGACGAUAUGACAUGCCUGCACUUUGCCUGCCAAAAGGGGUCGGUGGCAUGCAUCUCUAUCCUCAUCGAGCAUCAGGCGGAUCUUGAAGCUCUUGACAGGAAGAAAAAAAAUACUCCAUUGCACAUGGCUUGUGAAAAAGGACACAUUGAAAUAGUGAAGCUGCUUGUGGAAGCUGGGAGUAACUUGAAGGCCAAGAACAAAUUCCAUAAAACUCCUUUUGAUGCUAGUGCAAAUGAAGAAACGCGAAUGGCACUGCCAGGAGGUUUUAGCAAGGUUUGA